UAGCGGACAAUUAGACCCAACCAAGUGCUAGAGAUCGAUGGAGCAGGAAUUAAAAGACUUGAUCUCUUUAUAUUUCUCAAAAUUAUUUAUCAUCUCGAAUAGGUCGGGUGCAUUUAUACUUUAAUCUAAGGAAGGGAGAAAGCAAAAAGUGGUGACAAUUAUACGUUUAUAACGCCUACUUUUACACACGAUCUGCGGAGGUGAUAUUUGGUAACGAAGGAUAUUUAUUGAGAAGAAUUUAGAGGAAAAGAAAUCAGUUUAGUACUAAAUUUGAAAAACAUGUCCAGCUGUGAUGACAUGAGCCCACAAGACUUAUCUUCGAGAGGGGACCCUUGUGAUUAUGGGGAUACCUCAAAACUUGGUGGCAAUGGAGGGGAGCACGUGAAAAGACCCAUGAACGCUUUCAUGGUGUGGUCACGAGGACAACGGAGAAAGAUGGCCCAGGAUAAUCCAAAAAUGCAUAACUCGGAAAUCAGUAAACGACUAGGUGCCGAGUGGAAAUUGUUAUCGGAAGAGGAUAAACGACCAUUUAUCGAUGAAGCAAAACGACUUCGUGCUCUUCAUAUGAAAGAACAUCCGGAUUACAAAUACCGUCCUAGAAGGAAGCCCAAAUCUCUGCUCAAGAAGGACAAAUAUCCUUUUCCUAUGGCAAUGCCCAUGAUACCUGGAAUCAGCCAUCUGGGUGGCUUACCCCCGGGAUUUGGUUCUAUGGCCCCUGUAUCAGAAGGUAUGUCAUUGAAUGAGAAAAUGAGAGCAUUUUUGCCUCCGACUUCUUCGCACGGUCCUUUCAGUCACAUAGAUGGAAGUGGUAAAUUAGACAAUGGCGUGAGUACCCUGACUGCACAGGACAGACUUUAUUCUCCGUAUCUAUCGGCCUUAAACGCCCACUCCUCCUCUGCCGCCGCCGCUUUAAGCGGCAUGCCCCCAGCGGCACACUCUCACCCUGGACAAUAUCUUCUACCGUAUUGCCCGCCUAGCUAUAUGCCCGCGCAGAGUGACAUUUCGCGUCCCGUGGCGUACGUAUUUGUGAAACCAGAAGAUCAUUAUGCCCGACAUCCUACCAUGAUCUGAAGAACAUUUUGAUUAUAUGUACCUGCGUAUAAUGAUACAUAUAUAUAUAUAUAUAUAUAUAUAUAUAUAUAUAUAUACAUUGUAUAUAUAUAUAUAUAUAUAUAUAUAUAUAUAUAUAUAUAUAUGUAGUACAUCAACUGGGAGAAGAAGCCUCCUGUGUGCGUGUUCUUGCUAUGUGCUAUAGGAAACUGGACCCAUUUCGCAACAUGAUCUCUAUUUGCCGUUCUAAACGGACUUGUUCGAGAAAAGUGCUAGACUUGAGAACUAAAACAAAGACAUGGUUCUCUUAGAAAUCAGUUAUGUACUGUUGGUGCUUAAUUACAUAUAUGUACAACGUUAUCACGUUUAUGUUUUUACAAAAAAACACAUGAUGUGCUCUAUAUACUUUGCAAUAUAGCUUUUUUUAUACUAGUAGGUUGUUCAAAUUUUUGUUUUUGGCAUUGAUUGUUGAUGUCAUUUUUAGAUUGUUGCAUUUACAAUAUAAAUGGGCUUUUUACGUAUAUUCAUUAUCAACGUUUCAAAUUCCAUAAAAAUGAUUGGGACGUUCUAUUUCGAAGUUAAAUCCUUUUAAAAUACUUUCAUAAUUUAUUGUAGAAUAUCAGUAUCUUUUUUAUACAAAUUAGGGGGGACGUACAGAUUUCUCAUAAAUUUGGCUUGAAAGUGAGAUGCAAGGUGAAGUAUGCUAAAUGUUGUUUAUAGGUUAAAAAAAAAAAUGAGCAUUUACAGAUAUAACAUUUUUUAGGGUGAAAAGAUAUACCUUGUUGUUGAAAUGUACCUUUAUUAUUGUGUUGUUAUAGAGAAGAUAAUUUUGUACUCAAGUUAUUUUGAUUCUUAUUUCAUUAUGUUUUCAAGCGUCUAUAUCUUAUACAUUGUGAAUAUUGUUGAUACAUAAGAAUUAUAAAAGUCAACAAUUUAUCCAUUUUA